AUGAGCCAGAUGCAUGGGCAUGACAAUAAGCGGAAAGGGAUCAAAAGAAGGCGAUCUCAUCGGAGAGCGAUUGACGGUAUCUCUCAAAGUGUUGAGCGAGCAUUGUCAAGAUUUGUAGAUACAGGAACAAUGACUGCCAUCGUUCCGGUAGAGUUACUGGCAAAAGAACAGGAUAAAUAUGUGGACGUCUACACGGUGAUAAUGGUACCCAAAGCCAAGCUCAUGCCAGUCAAUGACGCAUCGCACAGGAGGAUGGAAUUCCUCACAGUAGUCGAGAAUCUCCAUCCUACUGUGUAA